UCGAACAGCAUUCCAGCCAAGAGCUGGACCUCCACAAGAGUUGGACCUCCAACGCAGGCGGCUCCUGUUCCCACCACAAGCCAGCGGGCCACAGGACUGAGUGAUACUCGUAUGUAGGGCUGUCAUUCCAAAAGUUUACUCCAUCACUCCUCGUCCCGCAACCCUGCUGCCUUGGUGACUGGCUGUUGCGUUGCUUAGAUACCACAUUGUUGCUGUUGUCCCGGAGACCCUUCGGCGGAUACCUCUGUUACCCAGCAAUCCAAAGCCAGCUUCCCCUGUCCACCUGAGGAUGCCAGGAACCAUGCGGAUCCAAAGACUAUUUAUGGUAGCCAUCUGGAUCCUGGUGCUGUGCCCUCGGGGUUCCCCGACAAGCUUUGGACACCCUCUGCCUGUACCCCUCAAAGAUAAUUACUCUCCUCCCUCAGGAAGCAACACUCCGGUGGUGAUCAAGGACAAGCCUUCGCUGCCUGCUUCUUCCAAAUCUUCUCAAGAAGACACGGAUUAUUAUGAUGACGACUAUCCUUUCACCGUGGAUCCUCUGGAAACUCCCCGCUCUCCACAGGCACCCCCUCCGCACUGUGACUACCACCGCUGCCACCAUCUUCAAGUACCCUGCGCCGAGCUGCAAAAAGCCAGUGGGUGCUUGUGUCCGGGGAUCACAAGACCGGACGUGGCCCCAGAGGCACCACACCUGCAAACCAUCCACGUGAGCGAGGGUGGCGCCAGUUUGCAUUGGUGUGCGCCGUCCUCUCCCGUAGAGCAAUACCACGUGACAUACCAGGUGGUCGGGGAGGCCCCUGCCUCCGGCCCAGCCCUCAACAGCACCUUCCGACUGGCGACGAUAUCGGGGUUAUUACCCAAUAAGCAAUAUUUGGUCUGCGUUGUGGCUUCCAACCAGGCCGGUCGCAGCCGCACAGACGACGGAGAGCAGGAGCACGGGCCCUGCCGCUUGGUCCAGACCCCUCCCCGUCAGAUGCCCUAUGUCUAUGUAGCGGCAGGACUGGCUGCCACCCUGGUCCUCAUAGUGAUCUCUGCCCUGGUCUGGCAUUUCUGCAUGCGCCGGAGGAAACAUCUGCUCCACGGAUCCCGGGACAAUAUCUUGGAUGGUGAGCCGGGCCCGAGUGGCACCACAAACACCACUUUCCGGAGCGAGGAACAAUUAUAACAGGGGCUCCACUCUGAAGUGGCAUGGACCAUGCAGACAUUUCUUAUAGGCGUGGGAGAAGAACGGGCUCUUAAGGUUCUUGCCUUCGGCCGUGGAGGUAUCAUCUGUCUGAUAACGCUGUGGAAAGGGGAAAACUUUUUGCAACUCCACAGCUUUUUAUCAAAAGCAGGCACUGUCUCCGGGAUGGAUGAAGAGCCCACUUUUUUGUUACCGAUACUGAAUUUGCAUAUAUCCAUCCCCAAGAGCUCUUGGUUUAUCGGAAGGUGUUGACGCACAACGGUGGCAAUUGGGCCAGCCUCUCAGACAUUGCCACAUAAAUGUACUCAGGGAGAAAAGAGACACACACACAAUUAACUCAGCCCCUCCCCACGCCAUCAAUCCAGCACGAAGCCUCCGGAUUCUGCCGUCUUAGAGUGACCAAAAACUAGUGGGGUUGGAUGCGAGGAGUAGAAAUGCAAAGAGACUUCCUUAAGAGAAGGGUGUUGUAUGAUUUCUGUCUAUUUAUAUAUUUAUUAUUAAAGUCCAUAAAGGAAAUGAUAGCGGUACAAAGGUGACGGGAGGGGGUAAAACAUUAGGGUUAUUGACCUAAAGGUGGUACCUGGAGACAGGGGUCAUUUCCUGUGGGAGCGCACAGGAGCGGAGCUCCGGC